AUGGCACAUGCUGCCUUGGUUUGUGCGGGCGCCUCCCCGACGUACUACCCCCCAGGUUGGGGCCCCUGGUGCUUGUCCUGGGGGUGGUUUUGCUUGGGGGCGCUGGCGGGGGGGCUGGUGGGGGGGCUGGUGGUUGCCGUCGGCCUUUGCUUGCAGUCCACCCGGUUGUGGCCGCCCCGCGUGCAGACCUCUGCGCAGCAACUGUGGCACACAGCGGCGAAGCACGUCCUGGCUUGCGCCGCUGGGGAGCCUGGCGAAUUACUGGACCUGGCGACGCAAGCGGGCACUUCCCCGGAAGAUCUGUUGCGCCGGCUACUCCGCGAGGCGACCGCAGUACUGGACGGCGCACCAGGCAACUCCCUCUCACAGGCGCGGGGCAGGGCGGCGCGUAAUUACCGCCACUUGCUCGCAGGCAGUGCCGCCGAUGGCCCUGCUCGCUACAGGGGGCUCUUCCUGUUGCGGGGGCUGCGGGCACCUCGCGCAUCGGACACACGGCGGAAGGCGCGCGUGGCCCCGACGUUGCCGGGGGAGGCGACGCCGGGCUUCACGCCGACUGAAGUGCCAGCGCCGCCAGAGCAGAUGGCGGGCCUUGUGCUCGGCGAGUGGAGCGGCUGCGGCCCGCCCUGCACAAGGGAUCUCCCUGCCCGCAACUCGUGGCUCUACGUGCCAUUGCUCCACGCGGCCUCGGCCACACUCGCCCCUGCGGCCUCCGGCCAGUGGGUGGCCCAUCCCGUGUGCGGCGUGCGGUGGCAAGCACUGGUGCAUACACUCGCCCGAGCUGAGCCUGUGCUUGCGGCCCAGCUAGUCGCGCUGUGCAGAGCGGUGGCAGUGCUGGAGGACGACGCCGAGGCGGCAGUGGUCGAAGCUGAGGCUCUGUGUCGCCACCUCGACGCGCAUGCUGACCGGCUCGUGUCUCUCCCGACGGCUUUCGCUUGCGCUUGCGACGCCCACGGCUAUGUGCCCGCCGUGGCGCAGGCGGCCUUGCUCGAAGCAUACGGGGGGCCUGCGGUGGCUGCGGAGGCGGCAAUGCUUGCCGAUGCCUUGCGUGCUUGCGAGCCACCUCCCGCACACGCAGCAGCAUCUCCCACACGCACCGGGCGACCGCGCCGACGUAAUCGGACCCCGGUGGAGUCGUCUGCGAGGCGGGGGGAUGGCGACUCGAGCGACGCUGCUUCCGCUGCUCCAACCGCUGCCUGCCUCGCCCAGCCUGCGCGCAGGCCCGCCUCGCCUCCAACCCUUGAAGCGCUUGAUGCCGUGGAUCUUCUCGCAAAACUUCGUGGCCCCGUGCCGACCCUACAAGACGUCCCGGUCUUCUUGCGCGGCGGGUUGCGUCGCGCCUUGGAGUUCGCCCUGACAGCGCUGCAGGAGGCUUAUGCGGGGCCGGCAGAGGAGGCUGUACGCGCGCGAGCCUGGAAACUUUUCCUCCUUACGCCUCGCAUGCUCCUCGCGCGGACGGCAGAGACCGGUGCUGCAGGCAGGCGCGAGCUAUUGGCCCGCGUUGGUGCGUACGAGCGUGCCGAAUGGCCCGCCCUGUUGGAACGUGCGCGCGCUCAGCAUCGGCCCGCCUGCGGAGCGAGCAACAUUGCCGAUGCAGAGGCUGCUGCGGCCCACCGACGCGAGGCUGCGUCAGUGGUGCGACGCCUGGUCCGCUUGCGGGCCUGCCGCGCCCCGGCACCUCUGCGCGCGGUUGCCGGCGUCGCCUGGGCACGCAGGUGGUGGAGCGCCCUGUCCGUCGCAUGCCAGCAGGCGGUCGGCUCAACGGCGCUGGGGAGGGCAAGGGCGGUAGUGGGGCCGGCGCAAGACAGCCUGCCGACCCUGGCUGCCGUCCUGGCUCUUGGCGACCCGGACGGACCGAGCGACUGUCAGCUUCAAUUCGCAACAAAUUUCAAAAAGCACGCAAACGUAACGAACAAGGAGGUUUCGAUACCGACAUCCGACCAGGAACGCCUACAGCGCAUCGGAAACGUGGAGCUGGCCGCUUGCUUGCUGCAGCGCCUUGUGUUGCCCCAGGGCGAACAAGCGGGCAAAAUAUUCCCAGAGCUCCAGAGUGCGAGACACUGCAAGCUCGUCGUGUUCGGUUUGGAACUGGUGUUGAAGGCUCAAGACGCGCGUGCAGCUCCGGUUCUUAUCCUGCAGCUUGAUGUGGAUGUGGACAUGACGUGGAAGUCACCAGUAAACAACACCUUCUUGUGCUUUGUUGAGUGCCGCACGCUCAGGCCCCACAUGGCGCCUACAAUUGAAGAGGCAGUCAUUCUGAUAUCUUCGCGAGGUGAGCAUGUGGCGUUUCAUGUGACAGGCAGCAUCACCUUUGGUGUUGCCAACGCGGCCCUUCCAACCGGCAUGGUUGGUCCCAAGCUUGAUUGGUCAGUGCCGAUGCCAAACCUGAUCACGCGACCUUUCGUCCCGCAGAGGCUGGCAGCAAAAAUCAGUGAUCUCAUGGACCAGGUGGAAGCCCAGAAGGCUGCCAUGGCAUACAAGCACCACCAAGAUGCCAAGUCGAAAGCGGGAGAGAUCAAUGCGGACACAAUCAACAAGGUUGGAGACUUGUCUCGGCUUCUCGCCUUCCAGCCACAGUACAAGGCACAGCUCAGAGCACGGCCAGAUGUUUCUCAGGGUGAGUUGGUGCGGGUGACGGACUGGAAAUUGUUGACCCCUGAGAACUAUGACCGCACGUGCUUUCACAUCGAGGUGGACGUCAAAGGAACCGGCUUGGAACACUUGGUGAACGGCAGCAUGGGAAAGGCUUUGUCUGUCUAUGCGUUGAACCCAGCCGACCAGGUGAACGAGUUCCUGACGAAAAUGAAGCUCGAUCCUGAUGAGCUGGUGUCCGUGGAAGACUUUGCGCCCCAAUCCGAAGACGGGACUGUGGUCGUCACGACUGUGUACAAACUCUUCACCCAGUACCUGGAUUUGUUUGGCAAGCCCAGCCGGGAGUUCCUGAAAAAGUUGUUCCCCUUUGCCCAGGACAUCAUGGAGAAGGUGGCAAUUGCAGAGUUGACGCUGGAUAGAAAGACCGAAGACUUUUUGGAUCGGCAAGCGCGCGCCUACACUUACGCAGACUACAUCCUCGAGUAUCCCUCGCUCAAGAUUCCGGUGGCAAAGUAUGUUGAGCUACUUCCAACCAUCAAGCAGCGCGUGUAUUCCAUUUGCUCCUCCAGCGCCUUCCGCCCUGGCAAGUGCCAGUUGCUGGUUGUGCGAGAGGACUGGCAAGCAAAAGGUGGGGAUACCAAGUACGGUUUGUGCUCCAGCUUCAUGACCUUUCUCAGGCCCGGUGCCAUCUGCAUUGCUCAUGCCACGCACUCUGUGAUGCAGAUCCCCGAGGACAAAUCUGCUCCGAUCUUCAUGGCCGGACUGGGUACAGGCCUUGCUCCUUUCCGAGCUUACAUCGAGCAGCGCAAGUACGAGAAGUCUUUGGGGCACCGAGUGGGACCAAUGACUUUGUUCUUCGGUGGUCGGCACAAGAAGGCCGAGUACUACUACCAGGAUGAGAUGGAGGCGUACGAGAAGGAGGGCCUGGUAAAGUGUUGCAACGCCUGGUCCCGUGACCAGAAGGAAAAGGUCUAUGUUCAGCACAAGAUCAUGGAGGAGGCUGCCAAUAUUUGGCAGCACCUGGGCAAGGAAGGGUCCAACGGCUUCUUCUUCCUUUGUGGCUCCAAGCAGCCUGAGAAGGAUGUUUUUGCGGCACUUGUGAAGAUCAUGGAGACCAAGGGAGGUCUCACAAACGAGCAGGCUCACAAGAAGAUGGAGAGUCUGCAGCUCGCUGGCCGAUAUGUCACGGAGGUCUACUAA